GUACUACUUAAUUCGUCACAGGAGAGCCUGAACGUAGUUCAGUUGUAGAAAAAAAGAGGUCCGUUCUGUUCACACUGUCAAACGCAGAGGAUCAAGAAUACAUUGUUUGCUAUCCUCAUUCCGGAGCCAGGCAACAAGAACUGAAGCAUCUCAAGGACAACGUACAGGGAGUUUGGCAACAGUUGCAUUGACAUCACUUUCAUUUUGGCAUGGUGUUCGAGUAGAAGAUUCUCUUCAUAUGCAGAACGUGUGAAUAUCGCAGCCUGCGCAACACUUCUCUGCCGAACAGGAAUCUCGCAUAAAAGUUGCAACUCCAGAAGAAGAAGAAAAAAAAAAUCCCAAGCUUCAUCGGUGCAUUUCAAAGAGAAGAGAUAAUACAUGUCCUUCGAGGACGACCCCAGCUUUCCAAAGCAACUCAUUCAUCUUAAAACUCUUUAAAAAUAACCUUCUUCCACAGAAACGAAGUAGAACAUCAAAUCAGACAUCCGCUCCUCCUCAUUUCACGCCAAGGGGGGAGAACCAAGCGUCAGCAGCAGCCCACGAUUGAUUCGUACAAACACAGAUCCUUCUUUCGAGCCCACCAUCCAUCGCGGCCUUUUCGAAAGGCAUCUCAUCUUCAAAGAUAGAAGAGUAUCCCACGUGAAACAUCACCACCCUGGUUCGAUUUCAGCGUCAUCGAAAUUGCGUCUCUUCAAAAGUGAAGUCGACUGACUUUGUUCGUUUAUUGCAACCGACGCUGUCUCGAAUACGGUGUGUGUGUUUGUGUCUCUGCCAAACUAUCGACUCAGCGUUGUCUAUUCUCCCGUCAGCCGCCACCGGAGUUUCAAACGUAUCAUUCGCUCUCUACUAAUGGAUUUCCAAGUCCAGUGUCCUGCUGAACGAUUUAGACCAAGGCUUUUCGGUGAUAACGACUUUGUCUCCCUGUUUUCGCGCGGAUAUUCAGAAGGCCGGCCAAAUGAGGCCAUUAAAAUAGGCGGUCUUCCGUCGGUGCUUUAGAAAACAACUCCGCGCUCCCGUUGUGCGUAAGGAGGUAUAAACUGUAUCGCGCAACCGUGACUAUUAUCGACUGCUGAUAUCAGGAGCUAUUUUGACACCCCGCUGCACGUCAGACACACCGUGUCGUGAUUCGAUGCAAAUCGUAUUGUUUCAGCGUGCUAUCUGGGCCUUUAUCUGACGGAGGUAAUGGACCGUGAGGCCCCAGCGAUGCGGUUGCCGGAUGACCAGCCGUCUGUGACUGAUAUGGACCUUUCUGGGACGUUCGCUUCCGUGAGUGGUGCGACGGGAGUGAUGUACGACGAUGGAUUCUUAUCAUCUAAUGAGUCUGAUUGGAUAGAUGGCCUCUUGGAUAUUAACUCGACGGGCGAGCCUGAACUCGAGUUCUUCUACUUUUAUCAGGUGGAAACUCUGACGUUCCUAUGGGUCCUGUUUACGAUGAUCGUCGUCGGUAACAGCUCCGUCCUUGUUGCCCUGCUGCUGUCCAAGAACAGAAAAUCACGCAUGAAUUUCUUCAUCAUGCACCUCGCCAUUGCUGAUUUGGCCGUCGGUCUCAUCAGCGUCCUGACGGACAUUAUUUGGAAGACCACUGUCGACUGGUACGGUGGAAACGUCGGCUGUAAAUUUGUCAGGUUUGCUCAAAUUCUAGUUACUUAUUCCUCAACAUAUGUCCUGGUGGCGUUGAGUAUAGAUAGAUACGACGCCAUUACGCAUCCCAUGAACUUCUCAGGAAGCUGGAAACGUGCGCGGUGGCUGGUGGCUACGGCUUGGAUCACCUCAACGGUGAUGUCAGUGCCUGCCAUCUUCCUCAACCACGAGGUUGUGGUGAAGGGUCGUCUCCAGUGUUGGAUCAACCUCACCCCCUGGGAGUGGAAGUUAUACAUGACGCUUGUAGCCAUUUCGCUCUUCUUCAUUCCCACGCUUAUCAUCACUGCCUGCUACAGCAUCAUCGUCUAUACCAUCUGGACCAAGAGCAAGAUCCUAUCCUACCCUAAGCUCUCAAACAAGUCCGUCUCGUCACAAGGGAGCAUUUCCACGAACAGCAAAUCGGGGGACCACGACACUGACACUAAACGGACGAGUUCCAGAGGCAUCAUCCCGAAAGCGAAAAUCAAGACCAUCAAAAUGACUCUCAUCAUCGUAUUUGUGUUCGUGUUGUGCUGGAGCCCGUACUUCAUCUACGACCUCCUUCAGGUGUACGGUUACAUUUCACAGACGCAGACUGCCAUUGCGGUGUCUACUUUUAUCCAAAGCUUGGCUCCGCUCAACAGCGUCGCCAACCCCGUCAUCUACUGCCUCUUCUCCACCAAUCUGUGUCGAAACCUAAGGUCUCUCCGCCUGUGCAACUGGUUGGCAGAGAAACUGUGCAAGUGCUGUGCUGCGCCUGGCUCUUCGUCGUCGCGGCCGUCCUGGCGUGACCACACCACGAGCAGGCCCUCCGAGUACACGACUAUGUCAGAGUCCUUGCACCGCUUUUCUUGUCACAACCGGCUGCCCAUGCGCCAUCAGCGGUGUGGUACAGUGGUCAAGCGGGUGGACGACAUAGGUGUGCGCCAUCAGAACUCCCACGUGUGACACUCUGGUGUGUUGGUCAAGCGAUGUGCAAUGCGAUGUAAAUUACACGACGCUGAUGUGUACAUCACCGAUAUCUCGUCGAGAUAAGCGCGGACAAUUCAAUUACGGAGGCAUGCUCAAAUGUCACUUCGAAGAUAUGCUCUGCUGGACAAAGCCACAGCUCUGGCUCCCAAGUGAAUAUUGCAGGGUGGAACACCUGUCCUUAUAAUUUUGCUAAAUUACCUAAAGAACUUCAUUUAAAUAAAUACCGAGCAUUAAACAUCGGGGUCGCAUUAUUGUACAACUGCGUGCUUGCCCACAUCAACAUUUUAUCGAAAGGCAUCCUGUUCUCAACAAAGCACAGGGUAAUAGUAAGGGUUACCUAUAGCCAGUUUAUUUAUAUGCCUAGUAAUGUUUAUCUGGUAGCAUUUCACGUGUGCAGUUUCCCAAUCGGUCAAUGUAGAAUCUCCUGAGACUUUAUCAAGAGAUAGAAUGUCUCCAAUAAAUUAAUGGUCUUGCAGAUCUAUAUCGCAAAUCAACGUAUAUUUACGGGCAACGUUUAAACUCAAAUAAGAGCGGGACACAUAUUCGGUUUUCUUACAGAACACAUUAAAAAUAGCUGACAGAACUGAGAGGAUGGCAGCUAGCUGGUGAAGAUUCAUAGCUCGAGAAAACCUUGAGCUUGAGGACGCGUAAAAGACGACGCAACACGAAGGCUCACAACCAGCAACAUUACCAGUAACCUAGGUGGUGGCUGGUUGUGAGCCUUCGGCUGCAUUCCAAUACCCCAGUUAGUUGACUGCCUAGCGGUCUAACCGGAAGUGCCGCCAUGUUAAGUCUCGUUCCAAAUCUCGCCAAGUCCGCUAUUCAGUCGGCUACCGCCUAGUGCGCAUCGAUGCAGUCUAGUUAUACGCCUGACCAUCUGACAGCCGGGAUGGCUGAGAGCGGGAAACGCUAGUACCUGCUGCGCUUGCGCCGUACGCAUUUCUUGCGUGAGCAACGAGAUGGCGCCGCAGGCGCCUCGGCUAGACAAGCCUGUUCCAAUAGUGACAAGCAAAGGGGUCUACUCAGCUGCCUAGUCAGGCGAAUUCGCGGGCGCGAGGUAUUGGAACGCAGCCUUCGUGUUGGGUCAUGUUGUCCUCGUGCUCAAGGUUUUUACACACACCAAAAAUAACACAAGGUUGUGUUUCCGGAGAAGCUGUAACGAUGUGUUAACCCUUCAAGAACAGUAUUUCUUUUUAAAUUUGACGAGUCGUUCCCAGGUUCUGAAUAUGUUGGAACGCAAAAAAUUGACAGCUGUAGAAUCAAAGCAAUACAAAGGGACAAAGGAAUGAAUGUGGAACAUGUAGAUGAGUCUCUUUUAUUGCUCCGUGUAUUUACUACGGUUUGCCUAAACUGUAUUGAAUAAUAAUAUUAUUACCCUGUUACCUACCAUUCUGGCAGGCACAUAUAGCACGGAACAGUCAGUGUACAUCGCCCCUGUCGAAUAUGUUGUAUUUUAAUGGGGGCUGGACUUUGUCAGGUGUCGCAUUAUCUCUCCUUCGCGGAACAACCAUCAUCGUGUUUUGUUCCCGUGCCACAUUUCACGUAGAAACUAGGUGUCGCUCCGAUAUUCAGUUUUAGCCAACCAAGUGAAUCUGGGAGUAUGGUAUUACAGUCUUUAAAAAAGGAAAAAAAUCACUGAGCAUGCAACAUCUCGAUAACUUUAAUAUGGCUCAAAAGUUUUCGUGCAGCAUCUGCAUUGAAUAAGUGCAGAUCCUUCCCGAAAACUCGGUUUUUUUUUAGUUUUUUUUUACUUUUGUAUCCCCUCUAUAGCAAGACUAUGCUUUCCUUUGUUUGUGAACUUAUUACCGUUUUACUACAGGCCAAACAUUUUGAAGCAGCAGAUCCGACCCCGUCGGUAAACACCCCCGUUAUCUUUCUAUUCCUUUGUAAUCUAAUCUAAUCUGUUUCGGAGGCUUUUUUUUUCUUUUUUACAAUGCGAUGCAUGACGUUCUUAUGUAUUGGAACAACAUCAAUCCUGACAUGAUGCCAUAAUCUGUCUGUCUGUAUUUCAGCUGUUUCAACAAACGCUUUCAUGUGCUAAGGCAUGGAUCCCCGCCCUUCAACUUUCACGAGCCGCCGUGUGACGUUUGCAGUGCGCCAACUAAAAGUAACGAUAACACUUGCCAUGCGCGAGACCGAGUUCGAUAUUAGGGUCAUGGUGCAUAUUAGCGUAUUGGCUGCUCCUGGCACCAGUUACAAGGGGCACCUGGCACCAGUUACGCGCUGCAAAACUAGUUUGAGUUCACACUGGUGCACAAGACACAUAAAAACAACAAUACAACAACAUUAUUGUAAAAUAAAAUCCAUGUUGUUAAGAAAAGUAGCAUUACAGCGAAGUUGUUGGCUAACAAGCAAAAAUGCAGAGUAACGAGGCAUGUUAAAACUGUCGCAUUGGUAAUGUUGGGGAGCAUAGUACGCAUGUGUGAUUAGGAAGCGGGCGCUGACGUAAGGCUUCGAAGUCACGAGCACAUUUGAGCUAAAUUAGGUUCAAUGUCUGCAUCUACCAUUCACCUAGAGUUCUAGCACACUGGUGUUCUCAAUUUUAGAGCACAUUUUGAGUAGGUACCACUUCUGAGCUGCGUCAAAAUCCUGGCUGUUCCUGACAAGGUCGAGCUCGAGGUAUUUAUCGCUAGAGCACCAGUUGAAGUGCAAAGGUAAAGACAGAUUUUCCCCAAAGAGGUUACUAUUUGUAAAUGUAACAAAUACAGUUGUGGUAAUUUUAUUUUUUUUUUUUCAUGGGAACCAUGAUUUUAUGUGAAAGUAUUCUGAAGUGAAACACACACCGUUGAUAUACGUAGGCUACGCGAACUGAGGUGCCAUGAAGAGGCGAAGACUCGCAAGUAAUGUGCUGUGUGUGGUGUCGACAAAGCUGUGGUCACUGAUGUUGAAAUUGUUAUGUUUGUUAAAGGAAUUUUCGUCGCGUCACUAUGUCAUAAUAUAUUGCGGUAUGUUUUCUUGGUAGAAACAAUAACUUUGUGUAGGUGUCAGAUGUCUAUGUCAGUCCUGCGUGUUACCAAGAAAAAUAAUGUUUUAUAGAACAAUGGGUGUUAUUUAUAUAUCAGUGUAUGGUGCCUACAUGUAUGACCAUUUGUAACUUAUGCCCUAAUUUAUUAUACACUAUUUAUUUUUAUGGCUGUUAACAUUUCCGAGCCAGGUAGUCGGCCUGCAUUGAAGGAUACGUGUCGGUGAAUUGUCAUGAGCUACAUAAAUGGCAAAUAAGCAUUACUUCAGAGUGUUCCUGUUUCAUCAAAAAAUAAUAAAUGGUCCUUCUAUGACAUAUAUAAAAGCAAAAUCCCUCAUCUCCUGUAGGGUCAGAACCAGAAUAUUUUUUUACUCUGUUCUAGGUGAAUGUAAAAAGACAGCAAGAAAAUUGACAUCUUUCAUAAAUGGUACUCUACCAUAAAAGGCUCUCAGGCAAACACUGCAUGGUGCACAGGCGCACAAUAAGAAUGAAAGCUGCAUGACAUUGCCUUCAGAUUGUUCUGUAUAGUAUGUCUUCUGCAAAAGCUUCAACAUUUAGCUUUCAAUUUGGUAAUGUGAAGGCCCACUUUGGACAGUGGCAACUGCAUAGGCUGAUAGCCUAAUCUUUCUUCCGUCAUAAAUAUAGGAGCAAAGCAUUUUUCCCACACCAUUUAAAAACCAUACAUGUGUCACAUAAAUGCUUCAUAACAGAAAACCAAACACACAUAGUAGAUAAACAGUUUUAUGUAACAUUAUAAUGUUAAUAUCAAAAUAAUAUUAUCAAGUAGAUAAAACAACCCAGUUUUUGGGAACCCUCAGCCUUUUCUCGCCUUUGAAUCCCAGAUUAGUAAUUGUCGGAUUUGUCACUACGCAGUAACUUGUCAUCCCGUCUUUAUGCACACCAAAGACAGCUACCGCGGAUAUGUAUUCUGUUCCUGAUCCAAGAGAGAUGGAGCAGCGCCAUGGGUGCCGUCACAGGAGAUGAAAGGCAGGGGACGGGCGUUGCCCCCCCUCCCACACCUGGCUUCCAGAGGCGUAGGGAUUCUGAGCUAAGAAAAUGUAAAUGUAAUGUAAGAAAAUGUCCCUUGUCUCUGGUCGUGUUUCCUUUUGUAGCUAAGAAAAUGUAGUUGCAGGCUCAAAAAUUUUGCCAGAAUGCCAAACAUUCUGCCCUGACCCCGCUGGAAAAUAUCCUGGCGCGCCCAUGAUCAGCACAUUUCUGGGACAAUGAAGUAGAACUACCCUUAAAGUUAAGAAUGUGUACUUCAAAAACAGUGCAGCAGCACUGAGGUAGAAUUACCCUUGACGUUAUGUAUGUGCAUCUCAAAACCGGUGCAGGAGCACUUAGUCCUCAUUUUGUAAUCGCCAUGUUAAGACAGGGACGGGUGCAAAUAACAAUGUAUAAUGUGCCAUAUGCCCUCAAACAAGUUGAAAUAUUUUUGUGAAACCACAUAUGAAAAAAUAUGUCUGAAUACAAACUUCCAAACCGUGA